AUGGCACCCAAGGUCAUAUUCCUAAUGGCUGAUGACGGCCAUGACCCCACCGAAACUGCUAUUCCUUGGAAGGUCUUCAAGGAUGCCGGGUUUGAUAUCUUCUUUGUUACUGAGGAUGGCAACACACCGAAGUGUGAUGAGAAAAUGCUCUCUGGCUGGACCGGAACCUUGCUCGGGGCGAACAAGGCCGCAAAACGGGCGUAUCAAGAGCUGUCCAGCACGAGUGAAGCAUUCAAAAAGCCGCUGGCCUGGAAGGACCCCGCUUUCAGCCUGGAUGACUACGAUCUGGUCUUCCUUCCCGGCGGCCACGAGAAGAACGUGAGGCAGAUCAUGGACUCGGCACGUGUCCAUGAGCUGCUUGCCAGUUAUUUCCCCAAGACCAAAAAGCCGUCUUCAAAGUCCCUGGCUGCGAUCUGCCACGGCGUCCAAGUAUUAGCCAUGGCUUCAACGAGUGAUGGUAAAAGCGUGCUGCAUGAUGUCAUCACCACCGCCUUACCAGCCUAUAUGGAGGAGGGUAUUUAUCAUGUCACCAAACUGUUCCUCGGCGCCUACUACAAAACCUAUGGGGCUGGCACCGACUCCGUGGAGGAAGUUGUGAAGAAGAGGCUGGACAAUAGGGCGCAGUUCAAGAACAGCAAGAGCCCUAGUCCUUUUGUCGUCGAGGAUCCCAAUUACAAUUACUUGUCAGCGAGGUUUCCGCCCGAUUCAGAAGCACUUGCGAAGCGGGCCGUGAGUCUGGUCAGAGAGGCUGCAGGAUCCACUUGA